AGAAGGCAGUGAUGGUGCAUUGGCGCCCCCACCGUUGGCAGCGCCGGCUGCGGCCGGUGCUCCUCGCACAGGCGCAACUGAGCGGGCUGUCGGUGCGGAAACUUCCGAGCGGCAACGAGAGCCCUCGCCUCCCGCAGACGGUGCAGCCACGGCGGACCCGGUGGGUGACGGCCAGGCGCAGCAGGGCGCUCCGUCGCACGCGCCAGAGACCGUUGGUGGCGUGCCGUCUGCUUCCGCCGCGCCCCCCGGCGAGACGCCAAACGCUGCCGCCAAGGAAAAUGGCGCAGACCCCCAAACUGCGGCGGAAGAGGACGCGGACGGCGGCCACGAGGCACCCAGCAACGCCGCCACGGCACGCACGGCUCAGGCGCCUGGGCAGCCAGGCAGCUCGCCCACACGCGACGCUGCACCGCACUUAAGCAACGGCCCCGCUGCCUUCAAGAACACCACAGGGCUUUUCCCGAUGAACACGGAGAGCGACGGCGCUGUGCGUGGGUGCGUGACUUGGCUAUUGCUGCUUGCCUUGCUGGGGCUGUGGGGCAAGACGGCUCUCUGCUGA